ACAGCAUCUUUGGUAAAAAAGUUUAUUACCUCUGCGGUUUUCAAUCUCCGCCAUGGCUGCUCUAGAUUCUGAUGUUCCCAUGGUCCCCGUCGGAGAAUCUUCAAACAGCUCCGCCGCUUCCUCCUCCACUAAGAAGCCCAAGCGUUUUGAGAUCAAAAAGUGGAGCGCCGUUGCCCUCUGGGCUUGGGAUAUUGUUGUGGAUAAUUGUGCGAUUUGCAGGAAUCACAUCAUGGAUCUAUGUAUUGAAUGCCAAGCAAACCAAGCCAGCGCCACCAGUGAGGAAUGCACUGUUGCUUGGGGGGUCUGUAACCAUGCAUUUCACUUCCACUGUAUCAGCCGAUGGCUGAAGACUCGUCAAGUGUGUCCAUUGGAUAAUAGUGAGUGGGAAUUCCAAAAGUAUGGUCACUAAAUCAUUUGGACUGUUUUCAGUUGAAUCUGCUUGCCUUUCUGGCAUGGAGUGGGUGAAGAUUACAUAUUUCUUCAGCUUUCUGUUUACUUUACUGUAUUUGCUUUUCAUUUUUUGGAAAACACUUGGAUCUAUGAAUUAGGGAUUGGGAUUUGCCAUGCACUGUCUGCAAUAUGCUUAAAUUUUAUUGAGAAUU